AUGGAUCGACCUAGUACGAGCCAGCAGUCCAUUCAAAAGGUGGAAAUGUUCGAAGUACGCGAGCAUGUUCCGUACCAAGCUGAAGUGACGCGGGCGCCAGCUGCAUAUGACGAAGAAAGUGGUGAAAUGUAUGGUUCAUCGUGGACCUCAGCGUGGACUGCGAUAUGUCAAUUUUUGAAUCUGUUGCAUCAUAUGCAGAUUGCUAUAGUAGUGUUUUGUGUAUGGCGUUAUGCGCUUACCUCUCAACCGGAUGGAUCAAUUACAAACCUCCAAUUGCACAUCGUAUUUGCUGGCACAGGCUAUCAACUGUUUCUAGUCGAAUCAGUAUUGACUCUUCAUAGACACAACGCCUGGUCAUUCCAACUGAGCAAAGACAGCAAACGAAUUGUUCACGGAUGUCUGCAAGUUCUUGGCUCAAUAUUCGUGUUAGCUGGGACCUUUUUGGGACUAGCUCAUGUUAAUAUGGAAGUGAAUACAGCUCACGGAAUUUGCGGUGUCAUCGCUCUAUGCUUCACAAUGUUAAGUUUUAUAUCAGGUAUUAUAGCGUUAUUCUCGUCAAAGGUUCGACUACUAUUAAAAAGUAAUCCAGUAAAGAUAGUUCACAUGGCUGUCGGAAUGUGCGCGCUAAGUAUGGGACUAAUUACAAUGAUUAUAGGCUUCAAUAGUGUCAGCUUUAGCACGACACAAGGAGCUCUUUCUACCGCGUUAAUAACUUUCGUUGUUAUGAUUCUGGUAUACACUCUUGUACAGCCCAUUAUAGACUUAAUUUCCACAACAAGAAAGGGUCUAUGA